AUGGGUCACGAUCAUUUCUAUACCCUCGACUUCCAUGGAGAGAGGGCGCCUUCGGGGGGAUAUCAGCGGGAAGGCACCACGGGCUAUGUGUAUAGUACUCAGCAACCCGGAACGGUCCCUAUAUUCCGCUGGUUCAACCCUCAGUCGGGUGAUCACUUCUACACCGCCGACCCUAAUGGUGAGUUGGCACGACCAACCUAUCGUUUUGAAGGCAUAGGCUGGUACAUGUUUAGCUCCCCACCUGAGUUUGGCGACACUGUACCCCUCUAUCGAUGGUUUAAUCCUUCGAGUGGGGAUCAUUUCUAUACAACUCAUCCAACUGGCGAGCUUGCGCCGCAAAGUGGAUAUCGCGCAGAAGGCGUCACGGGAUACUUGCAUCCUAACGAAGGCGCGCCACAAAGCGUACCGUUAUAUAGAUGGUACCAGACCGGCCUUCUCUCGAACUUUCGUUUUUAUCCAUUUCGUCCUACUCAACAUAAUCCUGAUUGGGUAAUCAACGAAGUGCAACAAGAGAUGUUACGUGAGCGCCAUACAUGGGCAUAUUAUCGAAUGAGUAUAUGCGACGGGCUCACAAAUGAUGAGAAAUACCAACUGAACGAGGCAUAUCGCAAUGGCUUUGUCCUCCAUUACGCAUCGCAGGAUUCGGAGGUUGCCAGCUCAUCGAGGGAUGAACUGCAUCUCAAUUUCCACAAGCUCUUUACGCUGCCCGAGGACGAGGUUGCGCAGAUACUUGCCCAUCAAAUGAUGCAUGUCGCUGGCUAUAAACAUCGAAAACGUCACGAUCCGCCGGGACCAUUUCCGGAUGUUCCUGGCGAUGGAGGCGGGUAUUAUGGUAGUACUCCGUUGAAAGCAGAGAUGUGCAUAGCAGGCAAGCAGAGUGAUGUCAUAUGUUCUUCUGGUAUCGAGUAG